CGCAGCGCACGCACCAUUUUAAUAGGAAUUAAAACGGCAGUCUCGUUUAGCAGUUAUUUGCGCAGGUGGUGCUCUUCUGCACUUCUCUCUUGUUAUGAUACGCAUGCGCGAUGAUGGAAUUUUAGUGAAAUAUACAUUGAAAGUUGUAAUGAUUUCAUUCAUAAUUUAAAAAAAAAAAUUAAAAAUUAUUGCGAACUUAUAAAACAACUUAAGCUUUUUUAAAGAAAAAAGUGUUUUAAGUGUAGACGCUAUGAACGUUUGUCUAAUAUGUGGGAAUAAAUGAAUAAAAAAUCGAUCUAAAACGACAUAAUAUCCUUCGCUUUCUUUUAACGAUAUCUUUUUGUUGUUAAUUUUGCAACAAGUGUAAGCAGCGUAACUGUUGGUGCGUUGGGAACUGGUUUUGUGGGGACCGUUUGGUUUUUUGUGCUGUAUUUAUAUAUUUGUUUAUGUGGUGUAGUUGAUUCUCAAGUGACUGUGCACGAUGAGUCUGUGAUGCUCUGGUGGUGUGCUGGAGUCUUCAAGUGACAACAUUUCAACUCAUGAUUGUGUGAGUGAGUGAGGAUCAUCCGGGGAGAGCGAAUGAUGAGCAGGUGGCACGGCUGCAGCCCCCGGCGACAUGGCCGCGCUCUCCUGCUACCAGCCUUGCCGCUCGCAUCUCGCGCAGCCCGCUAGGUGUCUCGACGAGGACGAUCAUAACUCGGCGUCUCUCUCGCUCCGUCGUCGUCAAUUCAUCGAGCGAUGCCAGGAGAGCCGGGGAGGUCGGCACCGCGACCACAUACCUGAGGUGUCGGUGAAAAGGACGCGGGAUGAGCUCACCAAGCAUGCAGCCGCCGCGCCUCUGACCAGGCGGCUCAACGUCGACUCCUCAUGGUCCAAGGUCGAAGAGGUCAGGAAGAAGUUUGAAGGAGCGACUGAUACAUCGUACUCUAGGUCGUUUGAAUCGCCGCCAAGACGUCGUCUAGCGGACUCCCUAUUCGCGAGUUUCAAGUUACCACGUAAGAAGGAAAGCAUGGCUGCGCCACGGUCGCUGGCGCCUCAGCCGCAGCAGAAGCGCAAAUCGGCGGUGGAACUACUCGCCGAGACGAAGGCGUUCUACGUCAAGUCGGAGACCGUGCUCGAUAGGAAACAGGAGUUGCCUUUGAGGGUGAGCAGCGGUCUCAGUCAGGCGAUAGCGGCGGGCGGAUGUCAUCUAGUCAGCUCUGGUACUCCCAACACUGACGCCUGCUGCAACCCAUACGGCACCACAAGAAGUGUGGGGGGCGCUAGACGCGCGGUGAGCGCAGGCGAGGGUUUGCAGAACACUCUGAGAAGACUUCUGGAACAUUCCGACAGCAGAGAGAAUGUGUAUACACCUGGAUAUGCUAUUUCGCACAAAAUAUACCCGGACAGUCGUCGUAAGGAAUCGUAUCAAGAACGCGAGGGCCGGUCGCAGCACACGUCCGGAACGUUCUCCGGUACUUCGUCGUCCGGCACGUCCGGAUCUAAACCGCACCGACUGGAACCGGACAGAGAGAGGCUGAGCUUUGGUGAUGCUAGAGUUUUCUUUCCGGAAUCAUUCGUAAUACCAAGACAAAGGCCAAGUGAAGUUAUCAUAAAGAAUACUUAUUCUAUACCGAGCCCUCAGUCUAGCGGCGGGCAGCUGGGGCAGCUGGGGCAGCUGGGUCAGAUGGAGCUGCCGGAGCCGGUGGCGAGCGGGCAGGGCUCACCCGCGGACCCUGGCGCCAUCAGCCCCCCUGCACAGUACGCACACUCCGCACCAAGAUACCUCAGAUCAAAUUCUCACUCUCAGCCGAGUAUGCGAGAAGAGGAGAGCUGUACCAAUAUCAACAGCCAUAAGUCACUGCCAGAUCUACAUGCGCAGGCGCACACAUACCCCGAGCCUACGACUGUGGGUGGUACGGACACGUUGGGCCGCUCGCCGCGCAGACGUCGCCACUCGGCACAUCACCGCACCGCCUCCUGCUCAUCUAAAGGCACCAGUUGUUAUAGAUCUAACCAUUCAUCGAUGAUAUCAUCGUGUGAAGCGUUUUCUGAGCAUCCCUCGCCCGGUGAAGAGAACUACCAGUCUUAUAAUAGUCGUUGUGGGUCAUCAUUCGCGCGUGACUCUGGUGGCUCGAGCGGGCACUACACACAGCGCAGUGCACCGCCGCAUGCGCGUGCGCCACGCGCUGACUCCGGAUCAUCAACACAACAUGAACAUGCCAGUCGGUACGGUGCGCGCGUUCGCGAGCCGGCGGAGUGCUACGUGUCGGCGCCGCCUCAGUUCCAGGACGGCGCGCCUUCGCCCCCGCCCCCGCCCCCGCAGCACGCCGCCCCGCCCCAUGCCCCGCCCCAUGCCCCGCCCCACGCCCCGGCACACUACGCCCCACAUCCCCGUGUCGGUAUACAUUUCCAGGCGAGUGCCCCGCCCCCCCAGUUCCAGGACGAGCCUCCUGUGUAUGACUACGGCGACUACGAGUGUACAUACAAGGCGCCUCUCAAGUGCCUCAAUGUUGGCCGCCAUGAAUACACCGCCCGGGACUACAACAGGUACCACGAACCGAGCACGGAGCUGGUCAGCAAGCAGCCGCAGUACCAAGAUCCUCGUCGGACGAGACACGACGAUACUCAGGAUUACGUCAACGCACCUCAGAUAUGUGGUGGUGAGGAGGUGACUUCUCCGCUGGGGACUUUCAAGCGGCAGCGCUGUCUGCGCUACAAGCAGCGUCGUCCGCGUCCCAUACUGCGCUCCAAGUCUGAUAUAUCUGACAGAUAUCGUCGCGCGGACGGUCGCAGCGCUUCCUCUGCGCCGUGCGAGGGCGAGCGGGAGACGCGGGGCGGGGCGGGAAGUGGGGCGGGGGCAGGAGGUGGGGCGGGGGCCGGGGCCGAUGAGGGCGGAGACUCCGACAGCCGGUCCGAAGGUAGCGCGAGAUUGAGGCAUUUCUUCGAGCGGCUAGGUCUGGAAGCGAGACAAUACGAUGCGUUGUUGAGAGGCGCACCUCCAGACAGUCCCGUCUUCUUCUCCUCCGCUUCAACGGUGGACUCCAACCAGCUCGCCAACGCUGCUGAUUAUACGGUCCAAGGUCCAGGAGUUCAGAAACAGAUCUAUCGAAACACGGAACCUCCCAGCGUUGUGGAACGGAACGCUCGCAUUAUAAAAUGGCUGUGUCAAUGUCGCAAGACUCAAAUGCAACCUCCGCAGUGAAGAACGGAUUAUAUUUAAUAAUAACUUGAAAUAUGGCAACCCUGACGUGUUCGUACUAACGAAAUUUGAUAUAAAACAUGCUGUGGUGGCAAUGUUCUGAUAUUAAAUUUUAAAAAAG